CCUUUGUUUACUGUCUGUCUGACCAGUCGAAAUAGCUCCCAACCGUGAAUACUACUUCAACCAAUUGGUUAUUCAGUCCACGGUUUUCGUCGAAAGAAUAAUUGGUCGAUAUGAAUUCAUCAACAGCCGACAGUUUUCGACAUUUUUGCAUCGGGAGUGAUUUUCCAGCACCGAGGCGACAACAAGUGAGCUAGCUGGUUUCUUUCGUUCUCCGCUAACAUUCGUUGGUUGUCACAUCUCGUCCUCUCCUCCUGGCUACUGUCGUACCAGUUAGCUUCACCUCAGUCCAGUCAGGUCAACAUUGCAAACUUCGGAAUCAGCCCAUGACAACAACGAAGCAAAGUUACAGUCCUUCGUGCUGAUAUCGACACCAGUCUCUGUUGUAUAAGCUAAAACCACAGUUUUUCUUUUAACCAUAGCCAUGGCCUGCAGUUUCCUAAACACGGAUGAUGCGGCUCCAGCGGCUCUGACUGACCUGUGUCUCACCUAUGUGAGCCAAAACCUGGAGUAUUUCUGCGUGAAGCGCCCAGAUGGAUCCUUGUGCUUCAGGGAGGCUGUACUCUUCCCACAGGAGCUAGCAGACCAGCUGCUAGCCAAGAUGGCCACUGAAGGUCUGUUGAAUGACAGCACAGUGGGUGUGUUUAGGAACUGCGAAUACUUGAGGCUGAGAAGAGCCUGUGUCCGUACUGCACGGAUCUCUGCAGAGGCCUUCAAGAAAGCCUUAUGCCCUCACAGACUUCUGGAGCUGGAUGCUGCCAGGGUCAAUGCGGACCUAACCAUUCCUGAUAUUCUGCAGGGACUUGCCACCAAUAAAUAUUGUCAGGAAUCCCUCCAGCGACUUGUCUUAACCGGUCUCACCAUGUCCUCUCUGGAAGAACCAAUCUGGUAUCAGUUCAGCUCCCUACAGGGCCUGCGCUCUCUCUCUCUUGCUAAUGUAGACUUUUAUGAUUCUGGGCUAGUUGAUGUGUGUUCUCUGCCUCGGCUGGAAAGUCUCGACCUCUCCAACACUUCGAUAACCAACCUUACUCCACUGCUGGGCCUGAAGGAGCGGCUGCGCUCACUAACGCUGCAUCAGCUGAAGAGGCUAGAGAUGAGCACUACUCAGCUGCUGGGAGUCAUAGGCCAGUUGAAUGUAUUGCAGCACCUGGACAUUAGCGAUGAUAAGCAGUUUACCUCAGACGUGGCUCGUCAGCUGCUCGCGCAGCCGCGGAUCCUGCCUGCUCUCGUUUCCCUCGAUGUCUCUGGGAGGAAACAGGUGACAGAUGCAGCUGUUAAGGUGUUUGUUGAGGAGAGACCAGGUAUGACGUUUGUAGGACUUCUGGCCACAGAUGCUGGUUUUUCUGACUUCCUUUCUGGAGAAGGAAAUCUAAAGGUAACAGGAGAAGCUAAUGAGACUCAGAUCUGUGAGGCACUGCGGCGGUACAGUGAGAGGGAGGGUUUUGUGAGAGAAGCUCUAUUUCACCUGUUCAGCCUGACCCAUGUCAUGGAAAAACCAAGGCCUGACAUCCUAAAGCUGGUAGUUUUGGGUAUGAAGAAUCACCCAGCAACUCUAAAUGUCCAGCUGGCAGCUAGCGCAUGUGUGUUCAACCUGACGAAGCAGGACCUAGCAGCAGGAAUGCCAGUUCGAUUGCUGAGUACCGUCACUCAGCUUCUACUGGAGGCCAUGAGGACUUUUCCCAACCACCAGCAGCUGCAGAAGAACUGCCUACUGUCUCUGUGCAGCGAUCGCAUUUUGCAAGAGGUUCCAUUCAACAGGUUUGAAGCAGCUAAACUAGUGAUGCAGUGGCUCUGCAACCACGAAGACCAGAACAUGCAGAGAAUGGCUGUCGCCAUCAUUUCCAUACUGGCUGCUAAGUUGUCCACAGAGCAGACAGCCCAGCUGGGAGCAGAGCUGUUCAUAGUGAAGCAACUGCUCCACAUUGUGCGACAGAAGGCAACUCAGGGCGUGGUGGACGCAACCCUCAAAUUUACACUGAGCGCACUCUGGAACCUCACAGACGAAUCACCUACAACCUGCCGCCAUUUCAUCGAGAACCAGGGGCUGGAUCUGUUCAUCAAAGUUCUGGAGUCUUUCCCCAAUGAAUCCUCCAUUCAGCAGAAGGUUCUCGGUCUUCUGAACAACAUAGCAGAGGUUGGGGAGCUACACGAAGAGCUGAUGGUGCAGGGCUUUCUGGAUCACAUCAGCACUCUGCUGCACAGCCCGGAGGUGGAGGUCAGCUACUUUGCAGCGGGCAUCCUUGCACAUCUGACGUCAAGAGGGGAGGAGGCCUGGACACUAAGCCCCAGUCUUCGGUCCUCACUGCUUGAACAGCUGCAUGCGGUCAUCAUGAAGUGGCCUCCGCCAGAGAGUGAAAUGGUGGCCUACAGGUCAUUUAACCCCUUCUUUCCCCUACUGGAGUGUUUUCAUACCCCUGGUGUCCAGUUGUGGGCAGCCUGGGCCAUGCAGCAUGUGUGCAGCAAGAAUGCUUCACGCUACUGCAGCAUGUUGUUGGAGGAGGGCGGUCUGCAGCAGCUGGAGCAUGUUCAUGCACAUCCACAGACCCACAGAGACGUCAAACUGCUGGCUGAAAGCAUUCUGGAGAGUCUUCAACGCCACAGAGCCAGAACAGGUCAACCUGCACACACGAGCCGCCGGCCACCACCACAUUAACGCCACAGAGAAUGAUGCUCCCUCCUCAAGAAGAGGACACAAGUCUGGUUCCCACCACAGUGAGAGGACGUGCAUGUGUGCGAUUGUAAAUGUAUAUUUCACAAACGUACACUUAAAAGAGUAAAGGACGGAGGCGUUGCAAUUCUUUGCACACACACACUAACUUUAUUUAUUUCCUUUGUGUUUGUUUCAAAACAAAUAUUUGUGUGCAAAUCCUUCAAUUAAGAUCUGAAAUUAUGAUAAGCUGUUGGUCUGUUAAGCUAAAUUUGGAGUAUUUUUGUGCUUGCUGACUUUGGUAUCAAGAUGUUUUUUUUGUUUGUUUUGUUUUCUUUCUUUCUUUUUUUUUUUUUCUUGUUUUUUUGUACCAAAAACAUGCUAGUUCACACUUGGAAAUCUCAGACUGGGAUUGAACCCCAAUAGCUGAGCUGAGGGCCAGUUCCCUGCUGUGCUCAUAAUGUUGCCAAAUGCUCUGGUUGAUUAAUCUUUAAAUGUAUGCAUGACACUGCUGUGAGCUCAAGCAUGCUAGUCUGAAUGCUGCUUAUAUUCAUUUUAGGAACGUCUGCUUAUGUUUAUAGCAGUGCUCUGUUCACUGAAUGGGUCCUCAAAACUACUGUUGCUCCCCUCUUUCCUUCGUCUUCUAUCUGCUAAUGCCUUUGAUAUGAUGUGACAGACAACUUGCCAAGGGUGUGUCAGUGGGUUCAAAUGUUCCCAACAUUACAUCAGAAACCCAGACUAUAUUAGAAGUCUGAAAAUCUCCAGUGUAUUGGUCUUUGCUGAACAUUGUGCAGCUCUAAAUCACUCA